GGAAGAUCUAACCUGGUGCUAGAGAUUAAUUAGAUCCCGGGUGAUAACUUUUGGAUCGGGGCGUGUGGCUUCCCCCGGCCGAAAUAAUUAUCACUUCUGGCGGGGUCUGACACCUAGGCUAAGCACCUUCCCGCCAGCCCGCGCGCUCAAAAAUGGCUGCCGCGACUGGCAAGUGGCCGUGUCGUCUGUGAUUUUCUCUCUUUUGCACCGGUUGUAGACACUUAGAGGCUCAGUUUUACAGACAGUUUUACCCACCCACUCCUGCUAGUGUAAAAAGAAGACACCAUCAUGGCGAGUGUGCGGCCUGUCCUGAUGCUUGGUUUGGUCCUGGUCGGCCUGUUUGACAUCUUGUCCAACUAUGAGGACAACAGGUGCGAAAUGACGUACAUGUUCGAGUAUCCAGAAUACCUACCUGUCCCUCUGAGCGAAAAUGUCACCAAAUCCUUCCCGCGAUACCACCUGUUCCUGUACGGCGAGGGCGCGUACGCGAGACAGUCGAAGAACUUCAAGCUGACCGGAGUACCGGUAUUGUUCAUCCCCGGCAAUGCAGGCAGCUACAAGCAGGUCAGGUCGCUCGGUUCGGUGGCCCUGAAGAAAGCACAGCACCUCCGCACCCCGUUCCACUUCAACUACUUCUCAGUGGAUCUGAACGAAGAACUGACGGGGAUGUUCGGCGCCAUACUGUCGGAGCAGACAGAGUUUGUCCAUCGGUGUGUACUGAAGAUCCUUACGAUGUACCGGAAGGCGGAGACACCACCGAAAAGUGUGGUCCUUGUUGGUCACUCAGUGGGAGGCAUUAUAGCCAGAGCUCUUUUUACCCUGCCUGACUUUGAUCUCUCGAUGGUCAACACCAUCAUCACCCAGGCUACCCCCCACCAAAGUCCUGUCAUCAAUGCGGAUCAGUACAUGGCAGACUUUUACCGCACAGUCAACCAGUAUUGGCAGGAUGGAAUGAGCAGUGGACGACUUUCCCACGUCACCAUAGCCUCCACGGGAGGCGCACACAGAGAUUACCUUGUCCAGUCGGGGCUCACCUCCCUGAAAAGGAUUGUCCCAGAGUCCAACGCUGUUAGCGCCGUGACAUCAGCAAUUCCGAAAGUGUGGCUGUCCACCGACCAUCUUGCAAUAGUGUGGUGUAAGCAGUUGGUUCUGGCCACCAAGAGGGCGCUUUUCGACAUCAUCGACCCGACAACGAGGCAGGUCACGACGGACGUGAAACGCAGGAUGCAGGUGUUUCGCCACCAUUUUCUCCACCACCCUGGGAGCAAGUCCUUCUCCCUAACAUCAGUACAAAGUGUAGUUCCACCAGGUGAUAAGUGGGUCGAAAUUACAGAUGAAGUUUGGGAAUUUUCCGAGACUGCAAACAAAGACAGAACAAACUACAUGUUCCCCAUUGACGUAGAGUCAGGUAGAGAUACCUUCGUAGCAAUGACCAACAUUGUAGAAGAUAGCUGGGUGUACUUGUGCCAAGAAGAGGGGGGACGUAGGUGUAAAGAGGGGCUAGACAUGUCCUCUCGGUCUCAACUGAAAGACACGAUGGCGAGUGUGCGGCCAGUCCUGAUACUUGGUUUGGUCCUGGUCGGCCUGUUCGACAUCUUGUCCAACUAUGAGGACAACAGGUGCGAAAUGACGUACAUGUUCGAGUACCCAGAAUACCUACCCGUCCCUCUGAGCGAAAAUGUCACCAAAUCCUUCCCGCGAUACCACCUGUUCCUGUACGGAGAGGGCGCAUACGCGAGACAGUCGAAGAACUUCAAGCUGACCGGAGUACCGGUAUUGUUCAUCCCCGGCAAUGCAGGCAGCUACAAGCAGGUCAGGUCGCUUGGUUCGGUGGCUCUGAAGAAAGCACAGCACCUCCGCACCCCGUUCCACUUCAACUACUUCUCAGUGGAUCUGAAUGAAGAACUGACGGGGAUGUUUGGCGCCAUACUGUCGGAGCAGACAGAGUUUGUCCAUCGGUGUGUACUGAAGAUCCUUACGAUGUACCGGAAGGCGGAGACGCCACCAAAAAGCGUAGUUCUUGUCGGUCACUCAGUGGGAGGCAUUAUAGCCAGAGCUCUUUUCACCCUGCCUGACUUUGAUCCCUCGAUGGUCAACACCAUCAUCACCCAGGCUACCCCCCACCAAAGUCCUGUCAUCAAUGCGGAUCAGUACAUGGCAGACUUUUACCGCACAGUCAACCAGUAUUGGCAGGAUGGAAUGAGCAGUGGACGACUUUCCCACGUCACCAUAGCCUCCACGGGAGGCGCACACAGAGAUUACCUCGUCCAGUCGGGGCUCACCUCCCUGAAAAGGAUUGUCCCAGAGUCCAACGCUGUUAGCGCUGUGACAUCGGCAAUUCCGAAAGUGUGGCUGUCCACCGACCAUCUUGCAAUAGUGUGGUGUAAGCAGUUGGUUCUGGCCACCAAGAGGGCGCUUUUCGACAUCAUCGACCCGACAACGAGGCAGGUCACGACGGACGUGAAACGCAGGAUGCAGGUGUUUCGCCACCAUUUUCUCCACCACCCUGGAAGCAAGUCCUUCUCCCUAACGUCAGUACAAAGUGUAGUUCCACCAGGUGAUAAGUGGGUCGAAAUUACAGAUGAAGUUUGGGAAUUUUCCGAGACUGCAAACAAAGACAGAACAAACUACAUGUUCCCCAUUGACGUAGAGUCAGGUAGAGAUACCUUCGUAGCAAUGACCAACAUUGUAGAAGAUAGCUGGGUGUACUUGUGCCAAGAAGAGGGGGGACGUAGGUGUAAAGAGGGGCUAGACAUGUCCUCUCGGUCUCAACUGAGCCCCCCUCUAUACUCUGGCCACAAAGUUGUUCACCUGCAUCUGGCCAGCUAUAGGAGUUUCUCCCAUGUUGUUGUAUCUAUACCCAAGUCGUCAAAGCCGGUAAAGGUACAAACACAGUUUUACAAUAGUUCAGAGAAAGCAGAGGACUUACAAGUCCCCCAUGUCAUGUCGUUUGCAAUACAACGUGUAGUUGAGAUCAAAGUUCCAAACAACACCAUGUUUUACAACAUCAGUGUUGUAGGCUUACAAGAAGUGUAUCAAGCCUUCACCGCCAGCUUGAUAAGCGAUUGUGAAGACUCAUCGGACAAUGACUGGACAAAGAUGCAUCUGCACAUUCCAUGGUUCAAGGAGGACGUUUACGGCGUCUCGCAAGGAAGCAGGAAACUUUCGCUGCGUCUGCAGAGCGGAAAACUGGUAGACGAAACCACCAAUGCAGAGCUGUGGCUCUAUCUGAAUCCCAGGUGCAGCUACAAGGUCCAAGUUUGGGUCAAUUUGGUGGAAGUUUUAGGUCAGCUGAUGAGAUUCCACGGUAUUGUUUUACCCGCGCUUACAGUGACCAAUAUACUGAUGGUGCUGUCCUACCAGAUCAGGACAAUUGGCCGCGGGCAACCCUGCCCAUCAUUUUCCGAAGCCCAGGCAGCCUUCUGCCAGCCUUACAGAGUUGCACCUUUGGUUAACCUCUUCUCCCUAUUGAUUAGUUACCAGGGUGCACGUUUGAUGUACCUGUCUCUCAACGUUCCUCUCCCGGACUCAGAAGUCAUGAAAGCUCAGGGAACGUGGUUUAACGCCAUGCCUAUUCAAUUUUUCUUCUUUGCGAAUACCAUCUGUGCGAUGGUGUCGGCUGCCCUGUUCGGCGGGGUAACUAUGAUAGGUUACUGCAUGGUCUGGUUCGGGAAGAAACCGACAGAUCCCGAAGAGAUGACGAGAAAAGCUCCCCACCCGGCAGCACUUUUCGUCAUCUCCGGUGCCUUCCUGGCUGUGGCUAGCCAGUUUUCGGGUGCACUUGCCUUUGCUCUUGUUCUAGCACUGUACUUUGGUAAGACAUGCCGCUUGUAUGCCAAUACCAUCACCUUGAGGAACUGUUUAAACUUAGAGAACGACAAGAAAAAGCCUGGUCCGCUUGUUGACGCGGAAGACACCUUCCAUCUUCAAUACACGAUUCUGUACUUGAUCUGGUUCAUCUCAAUGCUGUACAUGCCUUCUGUCGUCUUCUGGGGAAAGAACUUCAACUUUGAGUACAGGCUACCGGCAGACCCUGCUCUCUACACUGCUGCUGCUAUGAGUGCAUGUUUUGCUUUCCUGUAUCCCUUGCAGGGAUGCUACCUCAGGAAGAAGCGAAGUGUCGUUUGGUUAUCCUGGCUUGUGUAUGUCAGUGCUGUGUUUACCUGUAUGUACUGCAUGGUAGCUCUCUACAGGGCACCAUACUUUAUACUUGCAGCUUUUCUAUUGGUUGCUUUCUGUCAGAGAAUGUGAAGAUUAUUCAACAACAUCUAGCGUGUGAAAGCUUCAUGAAUAGUUCUGUGUACUGGUACCCAGUACCAGUACAGUAUCACAAAAAUCAGUUAGGUAUACAAGUACUGUACUUGAAUAGACUUACACUCAAGUUUAUAACUUCUUGUUUCUGUCA